AUGGCUUCUAAUACUAUUUCAAUUCUCAUUCUUAUUGUGUUAUCUCAAUUCUCAUUUUCUUUUGGUGAUGGCCCCACACCAGUUGUUCACCUCAUUAACAACUUGCCACCUGGUCAUACACCAACUAUGCAAGUUACUUGUAAAUUACAACAUUGGCUCCCUUUGCUUAGUGUAACUUUGGUAUUAGGUCAAGAAUUUCCAUUUGAUGCUGGUAUUAUCAAUGAUAUUUAUGUAUGUUAUGCUGAUUGGGGUUUAUUUUAUGCUUGGUUUAAUGCAUAUGAUCCACUUAAGGAUGACAAAGGCCAACCUAUUGUCUAUUUCUCUUUUAGAGAUCGCGUGUGUUUUAAUCAUCAGAGUGCGUGGUUAGGUGCAAGGGAGCUUUCAAUUGAAUGGGCUGACAAUCCUCAGCAUUGGACUUGGAAUUACAUUCACAACUCUAGUGUGGAAGUAGCUGAACUUCUGAAUGUUUGUUGGCUCGACAUUCGAGGAAAGAUAGACACAAGUAGACUUGCUCGAAAGACUAGUUAUUCGGCAUAUUUGGUGUUCAGGCUAACAGCUAAUCAUCGCGAGCUUGAAAAGGGUAUUGCAUCAGUGAGAUUCGUGAAGGAUAAAGCCGAGGGGACGGAUGAAGAGGGCUACACGGUUUUCAUCUCAAAGGCGAAGGGACAUGAAGGAGAACGUGGCAUAUUCGCGUAUCCGCGAAGCGAUGCAUGGUUGGAAACAAAGCUAGGGGAAUUUUUCAACAAUUUUGGAGAAGAUGGUGAAGUUGAAAUGAGGUUGAUGGAGAACAAAAAUCCUAAUUGGAAAUCUGGGAUUAUUGUUAAGGGCAUUGAUAUUCGUCCAAAUUAAAUUUGAGAUCCAUUUAGUACUAUUGUUAUUUGGGCAUAGUCAUGUCUUGUCUCUAUGUUUUAUUAAGUAUUUCAAUGUUAUGAUGCUCGAUUCCUGUGGAAUCGUAGUAGUCUAGUUGAUUGGCAGUAACUUUCAUUUUGGUGAAAGUUUGAUCUCCUAGUAGUUGUGUUUGGUUUGUUUGUCUUUUGUGUCUUCUUUUGAGUCUCACUAUUGUCAUGUAAGAGUGAGCUUGAAGUCUUUUGUGUUUUUUAUAUAAUUUCGAAAUAAAAAAUAAGAGAUUUUAUGGUUUCUA